AGAUCCACCACUGUUCAAGCAUCCAGUCCUUGUCACAAAGUCACCAUGCGUUUUGACGUCGUAUCCUUUGCGGCUGGCUUUGCUGCCACGGCCUCCGCCCAGUGCUACGGCAACUACUUCAGCUUUUACAACCGCGCUGGCCCUGCUAUGAGCUACCAGCGUCUGGAUCCCGGCCUGUACCCCGGGGCCGUGAGUCCUCAUCUUCACUCUUUUGACGGAGGAAACGGACUGCAAAUGGACAUGGACUACGCCGAAACACAGGGCUCGUCUUGCACCACGGCCCGUGUCAAGACGGACAAGUCGUUGUACUGGCGUCCCACCUUGUUCUUCAAGAACGAGACGGGCUUCCACCGCGUUCCCGAGCAGUCGACCAAGAUCUACUACAAGUACGGUGACGGAAACAACUGGGCAAACGUCACGGCGUACCCAAAGGGCUUCAACAUGGUUGCUGGACAGCCCAAGCGGCGCGCAGACACCAGCGACAACGCCGCGGGCGUGCGCUGGGGCUGCCACGAGCCCGACGGUAACUCUGCGGCCAUCUUCGACAAUGGGUUCCCCAAGGGCUUUACCUCUUGCAAAUACGGCUUCGCCUCCGAAGCCACGUUCCCCUCUUGCUGGAACGGAAAGGAGAUGGAUCCCAAGAACGGAUAUGCACACAUGGCUUACCCCAACAGCAACAGUGGCGUCGGCAUCGAGAACUGCCCUGUUACCCACCGAGCCGCGCGCUUCCCUACCCUGUUUAUUGAGUUUUGGUGGGACAUUUCGUCGUUCAAGUUUGGCGCUGAUGAGGCGCCUUGGGUCCUGUCCAACGGCGACCCAACUGGCUACGGCUUCCACGCCGACUUUAUGAACGGAUGGGACGAAGGCGUCCUCGACAAAGCCAUUAGCGAGAACGACGGCUGCAAGUGCGGCUGCGGCUGCGGCCAGCAGGAAAUGGAGCAGUGCUUUGGCUCUGCAAACGUCAACAAGGACAGCGACAACUCGUGGGCCAGCUGCUCUGCCACCGAAAAUGCCCGUGCAGCCGACGACUCGCCCGUCAUGAGCGUGCUUCCUGGCUGCAACCCUCUUCAAUACGGUCCUGCGUCUGCCACCGACGCCUCUGGCCCUGGCUGCACUGCCGCCCCGUCCGUCCCUGCGCCCGGAAACAGUACCAAGGUUGCGUCGGCGGUACCAAGCCAAACUCCUACUUCUCCUGAUUAUUUCGCUGCCACGACACUCCCCGUCACGCCCGACGCUGCUGCACCCGCGUCUGCAGUGCCCCUUUCCCAAUACCCAGCCUACUCCGCUGCUCCUCUUCCUCCUAACAAGGAUGCCGACAACGCGGCAAAGCCAACUCCCGUCUCGCCUCCAAACCAAGUCCCUGCCGGCGGCAAUGCAGACGCUGAGGAUGCUCCUCUUAGUUGCACGGCCCAGCCUACCACCGUGUACAAGACGAUGACGGAGACGGUGACUGUUCAUGUGUCUGCCGCCAAGGAGACUGGCUCGUACUAGGCCAUGAAUUGGCUAUCGCUAUCCUUCUUGAUUCGCCAUUUAGCUUUGCUUGGAGUCCGGUUGUGGCUAGAUAUUGUCUUUGUUGCAAGCUUGGGACUAAGCACACUCGCAAACUCUUUUAUGUUCCGUGUACAUAUAUUCC